UCUGUCUAAUCACAAAUUUUGCAGAAGAUGAGAAUUUCGACAACAUCCCGCCCUCUUCGGUCCUUUACGUUGACCACUGAUAAGAGUUCUUUGUCAGAGAAUCUGCAAACGUUAUGUAGUUUUUAAGUCCUCUAGACUUUUUAACCACAAAACAAAUUUCCAGUAAAUCAUUCUUGCGGCACUCGCCAAAGUGUACAGUUCAGAGCGGAUCUCCACCCAGACCCUUAAAUUUGAACCGAAGAAAACAAUCAUGUUUUUAACACGUCAAGCCUUGCAACAAUUAACCCGAAAUCUAAAAUCAAAGGGUGGCAAUCCUUUGAAUCGCCACCUUUCGGCCAAGGCCCAGGAAGUAUCGCGUGAAGGUGAUAACCUCUCGGCCUCGGUUCAUGGAUCCGAACAAAUUGUGGUGGUUCAAGAAAAUGAUUUAACCCAGGCACCGGCCAUGCAAUUUCCCGGUAUUUGGUUGCGUGACAAUUGCCUCUGUGACCAGUGUUUCCACAAGGACUCGCUGAGUCGUAAACCCAUGCGUUGGACAAAUUUCGAUUGUGACGUCAAGGUGGAACAAAUUUCCGUCGACGAAAAGAAAAAUCAAAUACACAUUAACUGGUCCGAUAAUCACCAGUCCACUUUCUCCUUGGACUGGCUCAAGGAACGUAAUUUCUCCAAGGAGAAUCGCGAGCAGUUCCUCAAGGACUGGUAUCGUCCUCAAACACAGACAUGGAGCAAAGAGGAGUUUUCGAAAAUUUUGAAAACUUUUGAGUUCAAGGAUAUCAUGGAAAAGGAUGAAGUUCUCAAGGAUUGGCUAGACACCUUGGCCGUCUGGGGUGUCAGCAUGUUGAAGAAUGCCCCUCUCGAUAUUGGUGUAGUGAAAACAAUUUGUAAUCGUGUUGGAUUUAUUAGAAAGACUACAUAUGGUGAAGAGUUCAGCGUUAUAUCACGCCCCGGAGCCAAAAAUUACUCAUAUCUCGCUGCUCCACUGCCGCUCCACACAGAUUUGCCUUACUACGAAUAUAAACCCAGUGUUACCAUUCUACACACCUUGGAGCAAUCCCAAUCCGAAGGUGGUUGGAAUCUCCUCACCGACGGGUUCAACAUUGCCAAUCAACUCAAGGAAAAACAACCGGAAUAUUUUAAGAUUCUCAGUGAAACUCUGGUCGAUUGGAGCGAUAUUGGACAAGAUGCCGGUGUUUCGUUUCACAAUAUGUGGAGGGCUCCCGUAAUAAAUUUGGACCGCGAUGGCCAAUACGUCCGCAUCAAUCACAGUGUACCCCAGCGUGAUACCCACUUCAAUGUAGAUGUUGACAAAGUUGUACCCUGGUAUCGUGCUAAUGCUCUAUUCGUGCGUUGGGCCCACGAACAAGCGGUGACCUUCAAAACCCAACCUGGCGAUGUUUUGACUUUCAAUAAUCUACGUAUGUUGCACGGCCGUACCGGUUAUGAUGAUACCCAGAAUAAUGUUCGUCACAUUGUGGGUGGUUUUGUUGACUGGGAUAUUGUCUAUUCGAAAAUGAGGGUACUCAAGAAAAGUUUGGAGGAGAAAACGUCAGAGAAAUAAUUUUUUAAAAUUAGACAAU